AUCUUCAAACCCUAACCUUAACGCACUCUCCUAUAUCCGCCGCCAUCGUCUCGGGCUCUCAUCUCUAAUCUUCGGGUUCGCGUCGCAGUGUCUUCCGCCCGGGCUACCACCAUGCCGAAGCAGAUCCACGAGAUCAAGGACUUCCUGCUGACUGCGCGGCGGAAGGACGCACGGUCGGUGCGGAUCAAGCGGGCCAAGGACGCCGUCAAGUUCAAGGUGCGCUGCUCCAGGUACCUCUACACCCUCUGCGUCCACGACGCCGACAAGGCCAACAAGCUCAAGCAGUCGCUCCCGCCAGGUCUGACUGUCCAGGAGAUUUAAGGUAUCAAGCCACAAACUGUGCUUUUUUUGCGGUGUCAGGGACGUUUGCUCCAGUGUUACUUUAGUUUGUAGGUGGGCUCCAUUGCUGUGUUUGAAUGAAUUAUGAAGUUUGAGUUUGGGAUGCGAAUGAUGUGUCGAACCUAUGAGCCUGUGUUGUAAUGGUUACCCCAGACCGCAAAGGAUGGCAAUCUAUCAUAAGUUAAACUGAUUUCCGUGAUUUUCGCUU